GACGCGGGAAGGCGACUGUCGGGUGCUCAUUGCGGUGGCAGCGGCGACGAAGACGGCCACGAUCACGACGACGACGACGAUACCCCGAAGAUGUCGACAUGGGCGGGUCAGCCAAAGGUGGAGGGGAGUUCUGAGACGGUGCGCAUGGUGUUGUUGACCUGCGUCUCUAUCGCUUCACGUGGGGUGUUGAGAUGACCUACUGCACGCCAUACCUGCUAUCGCUCGGACUGACGAAAGGGCAGACGUCCAUGGUUUGGGUGGCAGGACCAAUAUCGGGCUUGAUCGUGCAGCCGAUAAUAGGCGUCAUUGCCGAUGAGUCGACGUCGAAAUGGGGCAGACGCCGGCCCAUCAUAGCCAUCGGGUCUCUCAUCGUCGCCUGCAGUUUGAUAACGCUGGGCUUCACCAAGGAGAUUGUGGCCUCCUUUGUAUCCGACCCUCACGCGGCCAAGACACUGACCAUCAUGCUUGCCGUCCUGUCCCUCUACAGCGUUGACUUCGCCAUCAAUGCAGUGAUGUCUUGCGCGAGGAGCCUGGUUGUAGACACCUUGCCCAUACAGAAGCAGCAGACAGGGGCCGCGUGGUCAAGCCGCAUGAACUCCCUCGGACACAUAAUCGGCUACGCCAUGGGCGCCGUGGACCUCGUCGAGAUUUUCGGCCCGGGGCUUGGAGAAACCCAGUUCAAGCAGCUCACAAUCAUCGCUGCCCUGGGCAUGCUGCUCACCUCGGCCAUUACCUGCUGGGCCGUCACGGAGCGCAUUCUUAUCUCGGUGCGGCACGACCCUCGGCGGGCCCAGGGCCGCUUCAAGGUCGCCCGUCAAAUCUGGUCUACGCUGUUGACGCUGCCUCCGCGCAUUCGGGGCAUCUGCAACGCCGUAUUCUGGUCGUGGAUCAGCUGGUUCCCCUUCAUCAUCUACAGCAGCACCUGGGUUGGCGAGACGUACUUCCGCUACGACGUAUCCGCCGAUGCCAGAACCUCGAAUGAUGCCCUGGGCGACAUGGGCCGCAUCGGGAGCAUGGCCCUGACCGCGUACUCGACCGUGUCCUUUUUCAGCGCCUGGAUCCUCCCGGCUCUGAUCCGAGCGCCCGAGGAAGAGACGUUUACCCACCGGCCCCCGGCCAGCAUCGCGCCUUUGGUCGAGGCUUUCAACAAGGUCAAGCCCGACCUGCUCACCGCCUGGGUUGCCGGCAACGUCGUGUUCGCCGUCGCCAUGUUCUUCACCCCCUUCGCCACCUCGUUCCGCUUCGCCACGGUAAUCGUCGCCCUGUGCGGCGUCCCAUGGUGUGUCGCACAGUGGGCGCCCGUCACCUUCCUCGGCAUCGAAGUCAACAAGUUGGGCGGUUCCUCCGACCCGGCUGGUGCCGCCGCCGCCAACAGCACCGCCGUGCCCUACCGCCGCCUGUCCAACGACACGAGCAUCGAGAUGCUCCGUCUCGAGCACGGCGGUGUCCUCGAAGCCGGCGCCGCCGGCGGCGGCACCCCGAGCAACGCCCCAACCGGCUCAACAGGUGAGCUGAGCGGCAUCUACUUCGGCAUCCUCAACAUCUUCGUCACCAUUCCCCAGUUCAUCAGCACCAUGAUGAGCGGCGUGGUGUUUGCGGUGCUGGAGCCGGGCAAGAGCCCUGAACUGGCGACCGAGGCGCACCCCAGCGAGCACAGCGACACCAAUGGACCGAACGCCAUUGCUGUGUGUAUGUUUAUCGGGGCGCUGAGCUCGUUGGUGGCUGCUUGGUCGACUCGCAAGUUGAAGGACUUGUAGUGACCAAGUUAGGAAGACAUACGGCUUUAUCUCGGGAGGUAGAGCGGCGAUGGGGACUGUCCUGAAAAAAAAAAAGAAAAAAAAAAAAGGGAUUGGCUAGGUACCUUAGGAAAAGCUCUGUCCAGUGUAGUACUGUAUAGAUGGCUAUAGCGUGGCGUUCUAGGGGCUUGGUACUGUACGGAAGCGUUUGUUUGGUCAACAUUGGCAUCACAUCAAUGGAUUCUUCUUCUGAACAUCAUCAUCGGCUUCAUUCCCCUCAAGAAGGCUGUAUAUAUACUGUAACUCAUAGAAUUCCUCGCUUCGUUUAGUAACCCGAACGGUCUGCCGCCAAAGGUGCUGUCAACCAUUGGCUUCUGUGUCUGUCAAAGUGCGCUGGCGAUGAGAAUUUCACAGCAACGGAAAAAAAGGACCUCAACAGGCUCUAACAGCGCUCUCUAACCUGCAAUUACGCAAGAAACAAGGGUAACCG